AUGUUUUUAACCUGUUUUAGUCGGAUAGAUCCGGAUGGAUUGGGUUUCAGAUCAGAUACUAGAAUUGAUUGGCUCGUUCUUGGAAAUAGGUAGGUAAUUGCUAGUUGAGUUAUGCAAAAUAUCAUUAAAUUGUUUUGGACUAAAUUUUCUUUAAUCAAUUUUUUAAAUUAAAAUAAAUGAUAAAAGUAUAUUUUACGUUGAAUGUAUUUUUGGAAGAAUUUUCAGUUUGAAGACUAUCUCAGCUGCGGAAAAUGAACUAAAAAAAAAGUCCGCAGAAGUUCCUCCAGUUGCGGAGACAACUCUUUCUCCAUAUUAUCAUCAUCAUCACGCCAAAGAGAAGAGUUGACUGCCAAAUUCUGGUGCAAGCUUUUCUUCUUCUUCUUCUUCUUCUUCCCUCAUCCCCUGGAUUUCAAAGCCUCAGUCUCAGGUUCUUUCUUCUCACAUUUAGUUGUUACAUCUUGUUGAGUGUACUAAUGUUCCAGUUUGUAUCUUCAAGUUUCUGUUACUCUUUGUUAUCAGAAGAUUUGAAGUAUUGAAUUUUUCUGUAGAAGUGGACAAUGAAGUGUGCAAUCAAAUCUGAUUCAGGGAGCACAUCCACUGCUUCCCUUUCAACGACUCUUACAGUAGAGAAAGAUGAGUCUGAGAUAAUGAACCCGAAGAUAUUGUGUGCAGUAAGAGCAGGUGACAAAGAAUCCCUUGUCAAAAGGAUAAAAGAUGACGCAAAGACCAUUCAACGACUCGUAGAUAAUCAUGGAAACUCACUACUUCAUAUCGCUGCUGCCUCGGGUCAUGGAAAUAUAGUUGAUUAUAUAGUCUCUAAAUUUCCCAAUCUUGUUAGAAAGGGAAAUCUGAUGGAUGAAACUGCUCUUCACGCUGCAGCUAGAGCAGGCUGUCUCACUAUUGUUGAGUUUCUUGUUAGAUUCGUAACAGAGUCUUUGAUGUGUGAUAUGUUAAUUUCUGCUAAAAGCAACAACGGAGACACCGCUCUACACAUUGCGUUGAAAGAAAAACAUGAAGAUGUUGCUUUCUACCUUUUAAGUGUGAGGCAUGAUGUAUCAUUUGAUGCGAACAAUGAUGGAGUUUCGCCGUUAUAUUUGGCUGUAGAAGCUGGAUAUUGCGAGCUCGUGACAAAAAUGCUAGAGUCUUUAUCUUGCCCAUCUAAAUUAGCUUUGAUGUAUGGUGCAAAAUCUCUUGUACAUGCAGCAAUGAGGGCCAAGAGAAGAGAUAUCCUUGGUAUUGUUCUUCGUCAAAAUCCAAGACUUAUUGAAUUACGCAACGAAGAAGGAAGAACAUGUCUUUCAUUUGGAGCAUCAAUAGGAUUUUAUGAGGGGAUUAGCUACAUACUAUCAGACUUUGAUAAAGCAGCUUCAAAUUUAUGUUAUGUUGCUGAUGAUGAUGGUUUCUUUCCAAUUCAUAUGGCAGCGAGAGAAGGACAUGUCAGAAUCAUAAAAGAGUUUUUUAAACGUUGUCCUGACUCAGUAGAGCUACUUAACAGCCAAUGUCAGAAUAUUCUUCAUGUUGCUGCCAAAACUGGCAGGUCCAAAGUUGUCAAGUAUCUUCUAAAACUUGAUGAAGAGAGAAGAAUGAUGAAUGAACAAGAUUUGGACGGAAAUACUCCAUUACAUCUAGCCACAAAACAUAGGAACUCGAUGGUUGUGAAUAUACUUACCUGGAAUGAGAACGUUAAGCUCGCAACAAUGAACAAUGAUGGCUUUACAGCUCUAGAUAUCGCUGAGACGUUAAAGGACAAUGCCUACAUACUUCGAAAGAGAUUGACUUGGAUGGCUUUGGUAUCCGCUGGUGCUCCAAAUGGUCUGAAACAGAUUCCUUUGGACAGGGUUUCACCUAGUCUCAUAGACAAUCCGAAAAUAUACAAAGAUAGUUUCCACACUCUUAUGGUGACUGCAACACUUGUGGCAACUGUGACAUUCACUGCAGGUUUCACAUUACCUGGUGGUUACAUCAGCUCCGCUCCAGAUUUAGGCAUGGCAGCAUUGAUCGAUAAAAUGAAUUUCAAACUUUUUAUCUUGUUUAACAGCAUUUCAAUGUGCAGCUCUGUGGUAACUAUAAUGGCUCUUAUCUGGGCACAACUAGGUGAUGCUAUUCUGACAAAGAAAGCUUUUAAACUAGCUUUACCGCUUCUUGUAACCGCUCUUCAAUCUAUGGCAAUGGCAUUUGUGGCUGGAGUUACUCUUGUCGUAAGCGAUCUCCCAUGGCUUUCGCAUCUGGUAUUAGCCAUAGAUACAAUCUUCUUUUUGUUCCUGAUGCUACUUAUCAUUCCUUACGCUUUCUCCUCUACCAGACAAGGCUUUCUCCGACACAUCUUCUACUUUCCUUACUUUUUAAUGCUUUUGGCCGUUGGUGAUGAGAGCAACAACAUCGAUUGCUAAAAGGGUCCUCUGUUUUUAACACUCUCCGUGUAAUGGAAACUCUCUCAAAUAAAACAGGAGAUGUGUUGGAGCUUUAGAGUUUGGUAUAAAGAGCAGACACAUCCACUUGACAGUUGUAACGUUAAGAUUUUGUUUGGUGUAUUGUAUCGCCGUUUACUAUAUUUAAAUGAGGGCACAUGAGUUUAUUUUGAUUAUGUUAGUUGUAAGAUUAGGAGACAAUAUAUUACAAUUACUAAGGGAAAAUUAACAUCAGAUGGAGUUGUCAGUAUAUGGGUUUCAUAUAUCAAUUUUUAAUUGGCUGCGAAUUGAGCUUGUUU